AUGGAUUGUUAUGAUGGUGAUGAUCAUCAUCAGCUGGCUUCUUUGCCAAGAUUUGUUGGAUUGGCGUUGGUUGGCAACCCCCAACUCAAGUGCUUGUCAAGUAACGUCUGGAACAUGGUCUCUCAAACGCUCAUUCUCGGAGAUUGCCCGUCGAUUGAAAGUUUGCCGGAAAUCUCACAGCCUGUGACUGGCUUAACUAUGCUUUCUAUAAAAGGAUGUCGCAACCUGAAGAGCUUUCCAACCGGCAUCAACAAUCUGAAAUAUUUGCAGAUCCUCGUUUUUGUUGGCACGGAUAUUGAGUCCCUGCCUUCGGCUAUUGUGGAACUUGACCAGCUCUCCCAUUUAGAGUUGGGUUCCAACAAAAGCUUAGAGUUCGUCCCGAGCGACAUCCAUAAGCUUAUCAAGUUAUCCUACUUGUCAUUGGCGGACUGUUCGAGGAUUAAAUAUUUGCCAGAACUCCCACCCAAUCUUCUAACUUUGGUUGUAAGUGAUUGCACUUUGCUACAAGCCUUACCAAGCAUCAUAGGCAAGCUGAGAUGGAAGGAACUCUACUUUGAACAUUGCCCGCAACUGGAUCCGUAUCUUCCUCAAGAAGUAGUGCUUAAUUUCCAUAAUCAUGCAACGUCAAAUCUACAUCCUCAGUGUGUUCUUCAACAUUCCGGGAGUGAAAUUCCAAGGUGGUUUGCUUACAGAAGCCCGAAUUAUGCAAGUGAUUCAUGUCCGAUGCUGCAAUUGACUCUUUCAAACUGCACUACUAAGCGGCUAAUCAAAGGGAUUGCAUUUGGAAUGGUGUGUUCUUCUAAUGUUGGGUUUGUCGAUAUAUCUAUCGCUUGCGUUUGCACUACCACUCCUGUAUAUUGGAGAUCUCCCAAUUUUGGUUUUGGUGGGGCCUCCCAAUCAGAUAACGUAUAUAUGUGGUACGACAAGAACCUGUUAGGUACGACCCUGGAAGGAAUACAAGAUGAAGCAAAACCUUGGUAUGAGAGAGAUGCUGGCCUCACUGUUACCUUCAUAUUUUCCCUUCAGCCAGUCAAGGAAGAAUAUGCCAAGAAUGUAAAGAGAAUAAAAAUCAAAAGUGUUGGCGUCUCUCUAUUGGACUAA